CGCAGCUCAGGGGGGACGCUCUCCAGGCGCGUGAGGCGGGCUGGCGUGGCGGGGCCAUGGAGCGGGACCGGAGGGAGAUGGUGUCUGCCUUUGGCCACAAAACUUCAUCUUUGGAGCGGGUGGAGGAGGAAGGUGAUGCUGAUGAGGAGGAUGAUGAAUUGGACAUCUUUGGGGGUUAUGACAGCCUCACGUGCUACAACAGCAGCAUGGGCAGUGACAGCAGCUCCUGUCUGGAGGAGUCUAGCGAUGAUGAGGUGGCAGACCGGGAAGCUGGAGAGCUUUCAACAUCUCCGAUGCACCAGCCAUCCACAGGCCGGCUCACAGAAGACAAUGGCUCCGAGCCAGCUGUGUGCGAAAUGUGUGGGAUUGUGGGCACCAGGGAGGCUUUCUUCUCCAAGACUAAACGUUUCUGCAGCGUCUCCUGCUCCAGAAGCUACUCCUCAAAUUCUAAAAAGGCCAGCAUCCUGGCCAGACUGCAGGGGAAGCCACCAACGAAGAAAGCUAAAGUUCUGCACAAGGCAUCCUGGUCAGCUAAGAUCGGGGCCUUCCUCCAUUCACAGGGCACAGGACAGCUGGCAGAUGGGACACUGACAGGUCAGGAUGCACUCGUCCUGGGCUUUGACUGGGGAAAGUACCUGCAGGAGCACGGCUACAAGGCAGCUCCUGUCAGUUGUUUCAAACACGUGCCACUCUUCGAUCAGUGGGAUGAUGUGCUGAAAGGUAUGAAAGUGGAAGUGCUGAACAGUGAUGCUGUGCUCCCCAGUCGUGUGUAUUGGAUUGCAUCUGUCAUCCAGAUUGUAGGCUACAGGGCCCUUCUGCGAUAUGAGGGCUUUGAGAAUGAUGCUGGUCAUGACUUCUGGUGUAAUUUGGGCACAGUGGAUAUUCACCCCAUUGGCUGGUGUGCCAUCAACAGCAAAAUCCUGGUACCACCACAAACUAUCCAUGCCAAGUACACUGACUGGAGAAGUUACCUCAUGAAAAAACUGGUGGGAGCUAGGACCAUCCCAGUGGAUUUCCACAUAAAGAUGGCAGAGAGCAUGAAGUACCCGUUCCGGCAGGGCAUGCGGGUCGAGGUGGUGGAUAAGAACCAUGUGUCUCAGACACGUAUGGCAGUGGUGGACACAGUGAUUGGGGGCAGACUGAGACUCCUCUAUGAGGACGGCGACAGUGAUGAUGACUUCUGGUGCCACAUGUGGAGUCCCCUCAUCCAUCCUGUGGGCUGGUCACGAAGAGUCGGCCAUGACAUAAAGAAGACAGAAGAAAAACGUAAUGACAUGGCAAACCAUCCCACCUUCCGGAAGAUUUACUGUGAUGCUGUGCCCUAUCUGUUUAAGAAGGUACGAGCUGUCUAUUCUGAAGGUGGAUGGUUUGAGCGAGGUAUGAAACUGGAAGCCAUUGACCCCCUGAAUCUGGGCAACAUCUGUGUGGCCACUGUUUGCAAGGUUCUCUUGGAUGGGUACCUCAUGAUCAGCAUUGAUGGAGCAACAUCUGAUGAUGGCUCUGACUGGUUCUGCUAUCAUGCCUCCUCACACGCCAUCUUCCCUGCCAACUUCUGUAAGAGGAACAGCAUUGAACUGACCCCACCAAAAGGGCAUGAAGCAAAGACAUUCAGCUGGGAGCGUUACCUAGAAGAGACCAAAUCAAGACCUGCUCCAUCACGGCUCUUCAACACAGACUGUCCCAACCAUGGCUUCAAGGCAGGCAUGAAGGUGGAGGCAGUGGACCUGAUGGAACCCCGGCUCAUCUGUGUGGCCACGGUGAAGCGUGUAGUCCAACGUCUCCUUAGCAUCCAUUUUGAUGGCUGGGACAAUGAGUAUGACCAGUGGGUGGACUGUGAGUCUCCAGACAUUUAUCCUGUGGGGUGGUGUGAGCUGACAGGCUACCAGCUUCAACCACCAGUGACUCCAGAGCCCACAACUCCAGCGAAGGCCAAGGAGGUGCCCAAGAAGAGGAAGAAACCCUAUGGAAAGAAGAGAAAAAAGUUACCUGCCAAAGCCCGCAGUGUCAAGCAAACUGCCAAGAAGCCUUCUGCCAUGAAUUCAAAACGAGAAGCAAAAGCUGCCAGCCAGACUUUGCCAGAGCCAGCACCUGAUGAGAUCAUUGCUGUGCGGGUGAAAGAAGAAACCAUUGACCCUUCAGAUGCAGAAUUUGGAGAGACGGAACUUCCUGUUCCCAUCAGCAGCAUAAAGCAGGAGGACACAGACUGAUCUGGAGCAUUCCACACCUUUCCUGUGGCCAGUAGCUUCACCCUGUAGCACUUUAGGGAAGGUCCUGGCAAUGAGAAACAGAGGACCAAAAGGGCCUUCCUUUUUUAAAGCAGACCACCCUAUGGAAUCAUAACUCUGUUCUCCUGGUGUGCAAAAAAACUUCCCCCAGACAUGUAAUAUUAAGCCCUAGGAAACAGCAGAAAGACUGCAGGUGUGCUGCGGAGGAUGACCAGGGUGGCUGUUAGGCUGCUAGUUGUGCAUAGCCUGAUUUUAAAGGCGCCUUUUGAAUCAGGAGCUCGAAACAGGGAAAGAGGCUGCUAGAGCACAAAAGGUUAGUUUGGGUUCUUAGCUUUGGCUGGAGGAGACAAGCUGCUGUCCAACGUGAUGAUUGCAGGACAUAUUAGGAGAGGAGCUGCUCCUGUAGGACUUGGGUGCUGUGCUCUUUGGUCUAAGUGCUGCGAACCCAAAGAAAAUCAGGACAGGAAGAAUGGAAAGAGGUAAAGAAACAAAAAGAGAUUAUGGUGCCUGCUGAAGAAGUGAGACUUUUUUUCAUAAAAUCAUAGAAUGGUUUGGGUUGGAAGAGGCCCAUAAAGAUCUCAAGAUCCUCAUCUAAUUUCAAUACCCCUGCUACGGGCAGGGACACCUUCCACUAGACCAUGUUACCCAGAGCCCCAUCUGACCUGGCCUUGAACACUUCCAGGGAUGAAGAAUCCACAACUUUUCUGGUCAACCUGUUCCAGUGCCUCACCACCCUCACAGUAAAGAUUUUUUUUCCAAA